AUGAACAUAUCGUUUUUCAUAUCAUUUAUUUUUUUCUUACUAUUUAUGAGAAAAUUGUUAUAUACUCAUGGAAAUUUAAAUUACUUAAAAUGUAACAAGAUAAAAUAUUUAAAUACUAUCGAUCUAUUUGCAAAGAGAUUAAUUAAAAAAAAGUCAUUUCCUGUUUAUGAUUUAGAAUUUUCACAAAAGUGUAAUAAUAAAAAAAGUUUUAAAAAAAAUACAUAUUUGUAUUUAAAUAAUUUGAAAGGUUUUCAUAUAAAAAGAAGAAAAUUAAAAUGCAUUCAUAAUUGGAAGUUAUAUUGUAGUAAUUAUGAUGCAAAAGAUAUAGUGAUUUUAGAAGGGUUAGAAGCUGUUCGAAAAAGACCAGGUAUGUAUAUAGGUAAUACUGAUGUAAAAGGACUACAUCAAAUAUUAUUUGAAAUUAUUGAUAAUUCAGUUGAUGAAUACAAUAAUUAUGAAUGUAAUGAAAUUAAAAUUGUUAUUCACAACGAUGAUAGUGUAACUAUAGAAGAUAAUGGAAGAGGAAUUCCAUGCGAUAUUCAUGAGAAAACAAAAAAAUCAGCUUUAGAAACAGUUUUAACUGUUUUACAUUCAGGUGCGAAGUUUUUCGAUGAUGAAAUAAAUGAGGAAGAAAAAAAUGACUUAAUGAAUAAAGAAAUAGAAAAUAUAAAUUAUAAGGAUAAAAAGAAAAAAAGCACAGAAGAAAAACCAAAAAAUAAUUUAAAAGAAAAUUUACAAAAAUAUAAAUAUUCCUCUGGUUUACAUGGUGUUGGACUAUCUGUUGCUAAUGCAUUGAGUAGUUAUAUGAAAGUUGUAGUUUUUAGAAAUAAUAAAAUGUACAGUAUUGAAUUAGAAAAAGGAAAAGUAAUAAAAGAGCUAAGUGUGAAUCAUUGUCCUAUUAAUAAAAGAGGUACACGAAUACAUUAUAAACCUGAUAGUACUAUUUUUAAAAGUAGUAUAAAACAUAACAGCGAAUUGAUAAAAAAUAGAAUACAUCAGUUAGCAUAUUUAAAUAAUAAGUUAACUUUUUACUUUUUUGAUGAAAGGAAUUACAAUAAAACAAAUAUUAAUAUAUCAAAGGAAAACAAAAGUACUGAAAUGAUAAUAGAUAAAAAGGGAGGAACAUUAAAUAACAAAAAUGAUAAAAAUAUAAACAUAAAUACCUGUAAAGAUGAUUUAGAAACUAUUAAUGAAUGUACAUUAAAUUCAUUUAAAAAUAAUAAUAAUAAUAUAUAUAAUAAUCAUUAUUUUGAUUCUGAUAUUAAUUCAUCGAAUAAAAAUAUAAUUACUGAUUAUAACACUUUAGAUUUUUAUAAUUAUGAAAUAAUAAAACAUGAAGGAGGCUUAAACGAAUAUAUAGAAUAUUUGACAAAAAAUAAAAGUAAUCUAUUUAAAGAUAAUAAAACUAUAUGUAUAUCUUGCUAUCAAAAAAAUAUAUAUAUAGAUUUAAAAAUGAGAUGGAUUAAUAAUCAAUAUAAUGAAAAUAUCAUCAGUUUUGUAAACAAUGUAAAUACAAUAGAUGGUGGAACGCAUGUUGAUGCUCUAAAAUAUGCAAUAAGUAGAUGCAUAAAUUUUAAUAUAAAAAAAAAUGAAACUAAAAAUUUUGUUAACAUUCCAGGAGAAUAUAUUAGAGAAGGAUUAACAGCUAUUUUAUCCAUUAAAAUGAAUAAUCCAGAAUUUGAAGGACAAACUAAAACUAAAUUAGGAUCUCAUUAUUUAAAACCAAUACUAGAAAGCAUAAUUUUUGAAAAGUUAUCAGAAAUUUUUGAUUUUGAACCGAAUUUAUUAAAUGUAAUUUACAUGAAAGCUUUGCAAGCAAAAAAUAGCGACGAAGAAGCUAAGGCAGCUCGUGAUUUAAUAAGAUCAAAAAAUAAUCAAUCGUAUUCCACAGUCCUACCGGGUAAGUUAGUAGAUUGCAUUAGCGAUGAUAUAAGUAAAAAUGAAAUUUUUAUUGUAGAAGGUGAUAGUGCUGCCGGAAGUGCAAAACAGGCAAGAAAUAGAGAAAUUCAAGCUAUUCUCCCUUUAAAGGGAAAGAUAUUAAAUGUAGAAAAAAUUAAGAAUAAUAAAAGAAUUUUUGAAAAUUCAGAACUAAAAUCCUUAAUUACAGCUAUUGGUUUAAGUGUUAAUUAUGAUAGUAAAAAUGUAAAAGUAAAUAAUCUUCUGAGAAAAAAAAAAAAGGAAAUGAAGAAAAAAUAUGAUUUAAAAACCUAUAAAAAUGAAAAUAUUGAAUGUAAUAAUUCCGUUAAUAAUAAAAAAAAAAGUCCUUUUCUAGAUACAAAAUUAAGAUAUGGUAAAAUAAUUAUUAUGACUGAUGCAGAUGUAGAUGGAGAGCAUAUACGUAUAUUACUUUUAACAUUUUUAUAUAGGUUUCAAAAAGAAAUAAUAGAAAAUGGAAAUGUAUAUGUUGCCUGUCCACCAUUAUAUAAAAUUACUUAUAAUAAAUUUUUUGAUACAUCUAUAAAAGAAAUUGUUAUGAAACAAUUUAAUGUUAAUAUAAAAAAUUCAAAAUUUAUUAUUCAUACGUACUCAGAUGAAGAAUUAAACAAGUUAUUGAAAUUAUUAGAUAUUGAUAAAAGUUUUUUUGAACAAAAAAAUAUAGAUAAAAAAACUAAAUUAGAUGAUAUAGUACACGAAGAAAAAAAUACCAUGUUUACAAAAAUGGAACUAAAUACAAAAAAAGACGCUACAAAUAUUGACUUGAAUACAAGUAAAACAAUAGCUCAAAUUAGUAAUAAUUCUCUUUUUACUUUUUCUAAAAAGUAUGAGAUUCAGAGAUUCAAAGGCUUGGGAGAAAUGAUGGCAGAUCAAUUGUGGAGUACUACAAUGAACCCACAAGUAAGGAAACUAAUUCGUGUUACUGUGAAUGAUGCAAUAAAAGCUAAUAAUUUAAUUCUUUCCCUUAUGGGUGAAGACUCCAAACAACGCAAAACUUUUAUUCUAGAAAAUUCUAAUUUGAUGUUAACAUAG